CGGCGCUCCGCCGUGCUUAUCACGGGGACAAGGUGGCCACUGUGGGUUCGCAGCCCGAAGUCGCCUCCCCACUCUAUCAGUAAUUAGAAGAAUGUUUCAACAUGAAGAUUCUCUGCCCUGAGCAAGUGCAACACAAAGAAUGAUGCAAACUUGAAGAAGGAAAAUUAUGAGCGAAUGAAAGCUUUAGUAACAGAGCUGAAAAGACAAUCCGAAAAAAUUAGAUUAGGUGGUGGAGAGAAGUCACGGAACCUGCACACAUCAAGAGGAAAAUUGUUACCUAGAGAGAGAAUUGACAAACUUACAGAUCCCGGAUCUCCAUUCCUGGAGUUCUCCCAGUUUGCAGGUUAUCAGCUGUAUGGCAAUGAAGAAGUGCCAGCAGGAGGCAUCAUUACAGGCAUUGGGCGAGUGUCGGGAGUGGAGUGUUUGAUUAUUGCCAAUGAUGCAACUGUCAAAGGUGGAACCUAUUAUCCAAUUACUGUAAAGAAGCAUUUGCGUGCUCAAGAAAUUGCAAUGCAAAACCAUCUCCCUUGUGUAUACUUAGUUGAUUCAGGAGGUGCCAACUUGCCUCGCCAGGCAGAAGUGUUUCCUGAUCGUGAUCACUUUGGUAGGAUUUUCUAUAACCAAGCAGUCAUGUCCUCCCAAGGAAUUCCACAGAUUGCCGUGGUUAUGGGCUCAUGCACAGCUGGAGGAGCCUAUGUCCCAGCAAUGGCUGAUGAAAGUAUAAUAGUUGGCAAGCAGGGCACAAUAUUUUUGGGUGGACCUCCGUUGGUUAAAGCAGCAACUGGGGAACAGGUAUCAGCAGAGGAUCUUGGAGGUGCUGAUCUUCACUGCAGAAAAUCUGGUGUAACUGAUCACUAUGCUUUGGAUGAUAAUCAUGCACUCCACUUGGCUAGAAAAGUGGUGAGAAGUUUGAAUUACAAGAAGAAAAUUGAUGUAACAGUAGAACUCUCAGAAGAACCUUUGUUUCCUCAGGAUGAACUGUAUGGUAUAGUUGGAGAGGAGCUUAAAAGAAAUUUUGAUGUCAAAGAGGUCAUUGCUAGAAUUGUUGACGGAAGCAAAUUUGAUGAAUUUAAGGCCUUAUACGGGGAUACAUUAGUUACAGGAUUUGCUCGGAUAUUUGGUUAUCCAGUUGGAAUAAUUGGAAACAAUGGUGUUCUUUUUUCAGAAUCAGCAAAGAAGGGCACACAUUUUAUUCAGCUUUGUUGUCAGAGAAAUAUCCCCAUUAUAUUUUUGCAAAAUAUCACAGGCUUCAUGGUUGGUAAGGAUUAUGAAGCUGGCGGCAUAGCAAAAGAUGGAGCCAAAAUGGUUACUGCUGUAGCAUGUGCCAGUGUGCCUAAAAUAACAGUUAUUAUUGGAGGCUCUUAUGGUGCUGGAAAUUAUGGGAUGUGUGGAAGAGCAUAUAGUCCAAGAUUUCUUUUUAUAUGGCCAAAUGCUCGGAUCUCUGUGAUGGGAGGAGAACAAGCUGCCACUGUUUUAGCUACAGUGGCCAGGGACCAAAAAGCAAGGGAAGGGAAGCAGUUUUCUGAAGAGGAAGAAAAAGCUCUGAAGGCGCCAAUAAUUCAGAGGUUUGAUGAAGAAGGGAGCCCUUACUAUUCCAGUGCACGGUUGUGGGAUGAUGGAAUCAUUGAUCCAGCUGAUACAAGACUUGUUUUGGGCCUUGGCCUUAGUGCUGCAUUCAAUGCACCCAGCAAGAAGACAGAGUUUGGCAUAUUCAGAAUGUGAUGUGGAAGGGUUAGCAGUGGUAUCUUUAGAUAAGAAAUAAAAUCAAAUGGCCUAAUAAGAUCAAGAAACAAAAUAAAGAUUUGCACAGUAAUGCAGUUGGGUUUAAUUUUCAUGCAUCUUAAAAAGAAUGAUUUAAACUAGCUCUAACAUAGUUAAAUAGAUAUAGAUGUUAGUAUUUGUAAUCGACUUAAUCACUGGAAAUCAGAUCCCUCAAUUCAUAUUUUUAAGUGUAUUGCAUCAAUAGAACAAAAAACAAAAACACCCUUCCCCCCUUCAAUAAGACAUAUAAAGUAGAGAAUGGAACGAGCAAAAAUAAAAUACAACAAACAAUAAUAAAUAUUUGGAGAGUAAUACAGCUCACUUUUUAAACAAAUUAAGUCUCCACUACGUAAAUCACAUUGUUGAGUUUUUUGAUAAAUACCCAGUUCAAAGGUUAAGAGUGCAUAUUUUUCAACAAGCCAGCUUUUAGUGUCUGGUGUAGAAAUAUCUUAAGAAGACAUAACAAUGUGGGUUUUGUUUUGUUUUUUUGUUUUGGCUACAAUCCAGGCAUGAAUUCAUCCAAAUGGAUGAAUUCACAAUUAGAACAUAGUUUAAUAACACAUCUUUGAAUCCAACUGUCUAAUCAAAACCUUAUUAACAAUAUUAAGAGAUUCCUUGAAGAUUAUCUUUGUUAAAUUCAUCAGUUGCUGAUAAAACUGAGCUGUUUGGCAUUUAAAUAAACUGUCACCUAAUAGACUCAAAAUUAUAUGAGUUUCCAGGACCAUAAGCUUAGUAGUUGCAAUCUGAAGAACAUAACAUUUUAAUUUUAAUUUAAUUUAAUAUAUUGCUAUUUGAGAGGUUACAUUCUUUCUGUAACUUAUCAAAAAAUUAGCAAUAAAUUGUGUUAAUUCCAUCUUCAGCUCUUUUUAAAUAAGGGUUGAAAAUGGGUUAACACAAUUUGUUGCUAAUUUUUGCAAGAGUUUUGAAGAAUUGAUCCAGAAAGUUGAUCCAAUUUUUCAUGAGAGCAAAAAUCAAACUUUUAAUUUCUUUCCAAAUAUAUUUACCUGCCUUUAAAUUCACAUUGUAUAACACAUUUUAUCUUUGUUCUAUUAAUUCCAAUUUUAAUUUAAAUCAUAUAAAUUGUUUAGGAUUCAGUAAUUCACAUAUCUUUAAUAUAAUUAAUCAGCAUAUGCAUAUGUAUUUUCAUAAAUUUCAUUUAAUUAAGAUUACUUGUAUUGACAGCUGGUACUUAAGACUAUGAAACCACUACUUUAUGUUGAUCUGCAAUCAUUCUGUCUCAAGAAUUUUGAUUCCUCUAUUUUCUUACCACUGACCUGCUAAUACAUAGCAAUUAAUAAUGGAGCAGAUGGAUUCCAGCAAAGAUUGUAUUUCAUUUUGGAAUAGUCUUCCUGCAGUGGGAGCUGUUUGAUCCUUGCCUUUCUGAGUAUCAUGCACUUUGUAGGUUGCUGCAUAAAAGGCCACCUUUUGUUCCAGAACUGUAAAACUCAGGUGCAAUUUAAUAAAAUGAGAGACAGUAUUGGGGGUGGAGAACUGUACCACUCUUCAGGACUAUAAUAUUUUAUGUCAUUAUCUUAUCUCUGAAAGUCUGAAAGAUAAAUCAUUCCCAUUUUGGAGAGAAUCAGAAUCAGAAAUAAUCCUUGUGGAUUAUUCAUCCAAUAAUGUCUCACUGAGUAUUGACAUUCAAUGAUGCGUCAGUUAGUGCAGAAAGACUUUCUAUUUCAUCAUCUAAAAGGCAAAUGAACUUGGGAGAAAUGUGAAGGAAAAGAAUAGGCUAAAAGUGGAUUGAACACAUUCACAUCAUAGCAUGCUUUAAAAUUCUAAAGCAUGAUAUAUUAUACAACAUUUCCUUGCUCAGAAAGGGAGAGACCUUCAACUUUUACUAACACUCCCUUCAUAGGCUUGUACCUAUCAAUUUUUGUCAUGCCUUGUCUGCAUAACUUUACUUUUGAAACCUGAAAAAGACAUGAAUACUGUCUGCUAAUACAACACUGGGUGAUUUGGGCAGCGGGAUUGGAAACAUUGCAUUGGCCUCUGAGGAACCUUUGGGAGUUUGGGCAUGUAGGUGGUUUGGAAGGUGGGGCAAUUAAUAGUCCAUCCAUUCUGUCUUUCAAUCUUUGGGCAAGAAGAUAGAGUUGAAAUAUAUUGUUGUCCCCCUGCCCAACGAUCCUCACUAGGAAGGCUGCCUUUCUUCUACUAACAGGAUAGUGACCCAUUCUCCACUGCCUACUGAUGCCUGUCAGCUGCAUUUCAGAGAGUGGUUGAGGAUUGCAGGUUGCCUCAUAUGUUAUAUAAAGGCACUUGGGGUUAUCAAACAGUAAAAUAAAGCACUUCAAUUGUUUUGUUAAAUGAUACAUUUUCUGUUGUCUAAGUAUAUUGCUCUAGGCAAAUAAUGUCUCAUGUAAACAUUAGAUUGUUCAUUUGUUAGUUAUAGAGGGUGGACAAACUAGUAUAUAAAAAAAAAACAGGCUUUUGCUGAAAAUUACAUUCUUAGGCUGCAAGCAUUCCUGCAGAGAGAGGUAAUUAAAACCCUCCUUGAGCAAGGCAUAAUUCGUCAAUGAUCUUGAGAUACAGAUAAUGAGAAAGGACCAAUUUCUACACAUUCAUACCUUUGAAAAUGAUAACUUUCACUGAUAAUUAUUAUGUGAAAGAUACUUGUUUUCGGAAGGAAGGAAGUGGGUUAUGAGAAGUUUUGGGAUAGUGACAAUGCAAAGGAAGGGCUGGAAGUUACCUAAUUUAAUGGAAAAAGAAAGUAGAAUAGGGCUGGUCUGUGGAGAAAAGGGAAAAUGCAAAAAGGAGAUGUCUCUCCUUGGAUGUGACUGUGCCUGCAUUUGGAGGCGUGAUUCUGGCACACAGCAACAUUAAUAACCGGGCAGAGUGAAUUUGGUAUUUUAACACUGCGGGGGUGAGAAAUAGUUCGAAAGGAACUCUGAAAUCUGAAUGAGAUAGCUGUAGAUAUAAAUAGAUUUCUUAUUAGGGGACUGAGUCCACCAUAUAUUUGGGUUCUCAAGCUAAUUCAUUAGUGUUGCUAAUUUGCAUUUCUGUGAAUUCCAAACAUGCCUACCAGCCCAAAAGAUUAGACAUCCCUAAGGUAAAUUUUGAAAUUAAUCUACGCAAAUUUACCUCGAGUUAUGUGAACUGGCAGAAUUAUCAGUUGGAACAAAAUUAGGAGUUUUGAGGGGAAACAAAGUUCAUUGUUUCUUCACUCUGUGAAAACUAAAUCCCAAUAUUAUGUUUCAGUGUAGGCGUAUUUCUGACACCUUCCACUUCUGACAUCUGCACAUUAUAUCUUGGAUAGUUAACUGAAAUGCUGAUUUAGAAACAUUCACAUCUAGUUAUCUGAAUUCUUUUCAAGUAAUGGUAUCAUGUCUUCCUCCAGUCGCUAAGAGAAACAAUAUAUUGAAACAAAAUCUGGACAAACCAGAGCUGCUUAUUGUAGGGAGUCACAAUUCCAGGAAUGUUGUCGAUCUCCCUGUUCUGAAGAGGAUCACAUUCCCCCAGAAGGACCAGGUACGCAGUUAGGGACACCUCUGAAUCCAAUUUUUUAUCUUGCUUUCCAGUUUGAAGCAACAGCUUGGAGUUCCUUUGGUUGGUAUGGCAACUCUGCCCCUUCCUGUAAUAAAGUAACCUUAAAAAUGGUGCAUCCAUUAGCAGGCUCCAGCUGUGUUUACUGUACCACACUCUAUUGGCAGGGGGUGGGACAGGGGCUGCUUUUGUGUCUAGCAGAGCAAUUUGACUCAGUAAUCAAGAAUUCAAAGAGACCACAUUAGACCAAGGUUGAAAUUGUGUUCAUUGCCAGAUUGUUUUUAAGAGAAAUACACAAGUUGCUGGCUAUUUCCCUUAAAGCUUUAUUUAAUUUUGAUCCUGCUUAUUUGACAUUUGUCUAUAGGAUUCUCUCUCCCCCUUUCCCCCUCUCUUCCUGCGCCAUAAUAUGAUCACCUAAGGAAGUUGACCUACAGAUGUCCUAGGCUGGUCUUGUGGUGACUUGGAUGAGGCCAUUAAUGCAGUUGGCACCUCUAUGUGCUUUGAAAUGCAUUUGAUGAUGCCUUUGCAAGCCUCAAAAACACACCUUUUAAAACAGACUUUUUACUUGGUGUUAAUGGUUUUUAAUAUUUGCUUUUCAGAUUUCAGGUUUUAAUUUUGGUUUCAAUGUUUUUAUUGUAAAUCACUGAGAGAACUUUGAAGUUACGGUAAUUACUGCCUCAAUGAGUUUACUAAAGAAAAUAAAAUAGUAAAAUGCCUUGCAAGCAACUUACUAAAAUGACAUAAAAGUACAAUAUUUGUGGGAUGUUAUACCAGCUCCGUUAGUCUUCUGUAACUAAAUACUGUGUAGAUGUUUCUAACUACAUUAUCCUCUGAUAUCUUAGCCACAUAGAUGGGAAAUUAUGGGAAUAUCAAUCUAACACAACCUUAAGUUUCAAUGGUGUAAAAAUGUGUUCUAACAUACAGUAUAGUAAUAUAGUAAUGUUUGAUUAUUUACCAAAAUCAGUCUAAGUUUCAUUUGUGCAGGCUUUUUCAAACUUUGUUCCUUGGAGUCUUAGGGUUCUGCAUGAAUUUGAUGGGAUUCUGUGAGAGAUUACGGACAAAAGAAAAAAGCCAAUAUUCUGUCACUGGAGCUUUACUUCUUGAAAAGGGAUUCAGGGACUCUGAUAUUUUUUUAACAGGUUCCACAGUUCAAAAAAGUUUGAAAACUCCUCUGUAAAUGUAGUUCAUACUUGUCUAACCCUUUUCUUUAUUGAAAUUAAUUUAACCUUCACAAAGUUUUGAAUCUGUAUUUCUUUAGUAUUUCUUCUUGACUUUUGGGGCUAGAGGGCAUUACUGAAAUUUUGAGAACUUGUCUUGCGUGUUUUUACAAAAUGAUUAUUGUGAUGGGGCUUGCCUAUUCACAAAAUGGCCAUAAGUGUAGAUGCGACUAUUCACAAAACACCAAUUUUUACCAGAAGACAAACUACUCUGGAUACUUGUCACUACUCUCUCUAUCCUCAAUACUUUUAUUUGCUUUUUUAUCUGUGCCAGUCAAUACAUUUCCAAAGAUAACAUUAGGUCCAUUUUUAUUCUCUAAGAAUGCCUGUGAGAUCCAAGUGUGGAUUAGGAAUUUCUUUGAAAAACAGAUGGAAGCUGACAUUUGCUUUGGAAUGCACCAGCUUUUCAUUUAAUAUUUAUUGUCAUUUUUAAAAAGGCCAUUAAAAACUAAGGGGAGAGGUGCAGAAAGGUGCCAGAUACCAUAAUUUUAUCUGUUUAAUUUUGGUUUUAGUGGAAUGCCAUUGUGGUUUAUACAUCAUGGUUUAUGGCUUAUAAUAAGAAAUAGGUAACCUGAGCCUGCAACUCUCCUGUUGUAACCAAGAUUUAUUUUGCUUUCUCCCUCCUUCAGAUCAGCUCUAGGAUAAUAGUCUUUUAGAACAUUUUGCCCAUAGCCUCAAAGUAAUGAACUGCAUAAAUCCUGUGCUAACCCUCUUGCAUGUGGGGAAAGUAUAAUGAGAAAUUAUCUUAUUAAACUAAUGAAACCAAAUUUCUAGAUGUAAAAAGGAGUUACUGAGAAAUGGGGAAUAUGGGACCACAAGGGAAGGAAACAAUUACAGAGUAUUCUUAUUACACUCAAUACAAUCAUUGUAGCUAAAUUAGGUUUAUGGUUACUUGCUUGACAUCAGCACUUGUUCAGAAUUCAUUUUAGAAAAAAAUGUAAGAUUAUCUGGGUUUCCUGUCUGAAUGCUGUCAGGCAGCCCCUCUUUGCUACUUCUCUUUUCUUUUUUGCUUUCUCCCUCGUACUUUCAUGUUCUCUUACCCUCAGUUAUGAAGGAUACAGUUAAUUCACAGUAUCCUCCAGAAUUUCCUGAAGAAAUUCCUUUUCCUGAACCUUCCUGCGCAUACCCUAAGAUCAUCUUCAGAGCGCCUGCUGUGGGUGACCUCCCAAGAUGAGGUGACUUUGGAAUACGCUCCCCAGUGGGGUAGACUUACUAUUCUCUGCAAUAGUAGGAAAGGUCAUUUUUGUUCUCCCAGGCCUUUGCUGCUGUGAAUUUUUAACGUUCUACUGUUAUUAUCUCUUUAUUGCCUUUUGUUUCUUAUUUCUUUCUGCAUAUUUUACCUAAUUGUAAUGUACAUUUUAUCUGAUGUAAAUUAGUGUUUUAAUCCAUUUUGGUUUUUGUUUUAAAUAAUAAAUGGUAUAUUGUUAUUUUAAAUAAAGAAAUUAACUGAAUUUGGAGAAGCGGAUUGUUGUUUUGCCUAAUCUAGCAAAAUGUUCCACCUGUAAUAUCAUAGGUCUACCCAGCAAAUUCUAAAAAUGUCCUAAAUUUUCCUAGACUUUCCUAAAAGCCCUAUGGAUGAAUGAUAAAAAUGCAUACUAAAUUUCAUCAAUUGUACAAAAAAUUACAUUUAUUCAGGCUACUCAGUGUGGGAGACACUUUACCAGAUAUUUUUGAUGGCCUUAUUGUGCCAUAAUCCACAUGGCCACUUACAAUUUAAUAAUUCUAUAUGUAUGUACAUAUGUUCGUGUGUGUGUGUGUAUGCACAUUAAAUUGUGGGUAUUGACUGACUACUCAGCACUGUAUGUAACUCUUGAGCUAAAAAGGUUGCUGUCCAUUAAAUUAGAUGGUGAAAAGUGAAAUAAAACUACAUUUAUCUGUGUAUUGAUGACACUUCAACCCAAGCCUCCAAAUCACUUCUUACAAUGCUUUCAUGUGAAUCAUAAAAACCAGGGAAGAGGUGGCACCACAAUAAUUAAUGCUCAAGGAUUCAAAUAAAAAUCAUCUGGAGCACUUCUAAGGGGUUUUGACAAGAAGCGCUGACAGCAGGAAGGGUCCUGUAUUCAGUGGCACUGAAAACCAGUAUGAGAGCAA